GGAUGUUUGGCUUUUAUUCGUGUUCUGCCUCGUUUGUGGAGAGGAGAGAAGAGCGCUUCCUCCGUCUUCCUGUUUCUCUCUCUAAAAUUCUCUUUGCGUUUCUCUCUCUAUAUACACGUCUGAUCGUCGUGGUGCCCGGAAACUGACGUUUUAAGGUGGGGACCAGCUCGCCGAUGGGAAUUCAGGCGAGGUUCACAACUGUUACGGAUUGGUAAUGGAGGUUUCCUGAUGGAGCUUGAUGCCAGAAUUCCGAUGUCCCGAGCAACCUCCUUGCCUCCUUCCAUGAAUGAAGAUGCAUUGUGGCAAAUGAAUUUGAGAUCAAGCGAAACAAUGGAAUCUGGACCUUAUCCUGUGCGCGGAGGAGAGCCAGAUUGUUCUUAUUACAUCCGAACAGGCGUAUGCAGGUUUGGGGCAACCUGCCGAUUCAAUCAUCCUCCUAACAGGAAACUGGCUAUUGCCACCACAAGGAUGAAGGGAGAGUAUCCAGAAAGAAUAGGACAACCUGAAUGUGAGUACUACUUGAAGACUGGAACAUGCAAAUUUGGAGACACAUGCAAGUUUCACCAUCCUAGAGACAACGCUGGAAUUGCUGGAAGAGUUUCCCUAAAUAUUUUAGGCUAUCCGAUCCGACCGAAUGAGACUGAAUGUGCUUAUUAUUUGAGAACUGGGCAAUGCAACUUUGGGAUCACUUGCAAAUUUCAUCACCCUCAACCAUCUGAUAUGAUGGUCUCAUUGCGUGGCUCACCAGUUUAUCCUCCUGUCCAUUCUCCCACAACUGGUCAGCAAUCAUAUCCUGGAGGAAUGACAAACUGGCCCUUGUCGAGAGCAUCUUUUAUUCCCAGCCCGCGCUGGCAAGGCCCUUCAAAUUAUGCGCAAUUGAUUCUACCUCAGGGAGUGGUGUCAGUCCCAGGAUGGAAUGCACCUCGUAUUUCUUUCCAGGGACAACUGGGUUCAGUUUCAUCUUCAGAGAGCCAGCAGCAAACAAUGGGAAAUAGUCAGAUUUACAGAACUUCACGCCAGGGUGAAGCAGCAAAUGCAGGACCCCAAGGGAAUAUUUCUCUCUACCGUUCUGGCUCUGUACCUGUAGGAUAUUAUGCACUGCAGAGGGAGAAUGUAUUUCCUGAGAGACCUGGCCAACCUGAAUGCCAAUUUUACAUGAAGACUGGAGAUUGUAAGUUCGGUGCUGUUUGUCGGUUCCAUCAUCCGAGAGAAAGACUAAUACCUCCUCCAGACUGUGUCUUGAGUCCACUCGGACUUCCUUUACGUCCGGGAGAGUCAUUGUGCAUUUUUUAUACUCGUUAUGGUAUCUGCAAAUUUGGUCAAAAUUGCAAAUUUGACCACCCUAUGGGAGUUUUUGCAUACAAUCUAUCACCAUCACCUUCAGCUGACAGCCCGGUUGUUGGCCGGUUGUUGGGGUCAUCAUCAGGAAUUGGUGCAUUAACUUUUUCAGAAGGGCGUGUUGAAGCAGCCUCGGCAAAGCCUAGGCUACUUUCACUGUCAGAGUCAAGGCAGAUGCUUCCUGGUGAUAAUGACAUUGACACAGAGGAAUGACUGUUCCCUCAAUAAUUGGCCAGUUAUCUCCUUUUUCUCAAUCUCCUGGAGGAUGAGCAAGAGUUUUAUUUAAAUUGAUUUCCCUUUGCUGGAGAUGUACAGUAUUCAUGUUAAAAGUCAAAUCUCUUCCUAAACUGCAUUCAGUUGAGAGGCUUGAUUCCUCUUAACUUCGCAUUGUAUAAUUUUGCAAAUUUUAUUUCAUUUGGUAAAACACAAUGUGAAAAUUUGAUCUGUUCUAAAUGUCCAUUUUUCUGGUUUACAUGGA